AUGGCACACUUUCCAGGCUCCCCUGACAAGACGAGAGAUGCCAUCUUGCCCAAACUUGCACUCAAACCUUGGGUGCAACCGAGUCCGCCAUCCCUGAUCCUACGGAACGCGCGGGUUAUCGAUCCUGCUCGGUCAACGCUGUUGCAAGGUCCACAGCAGUGUUUCAUAGAGAACGGGCUCUUCCUCUCUGUGACCCCGAUUGGUGUGCAGCCCGGAAUUACCCCGAAGGAUCCGCCAGUUGUUUCGGUUGACCUGGCCGGAAAGUUCCUCUGCCCGGGACUCAUCGACUGCCACGUCCAUGUGACGGCAGUGCCGGGCGUGAAGUCGAUGGCGGAGCUCGUCCAGACGCCAGAGCAGCUGGUACACUUGAGGUCGACCUACGUCUUGCGUGAGAUGCUUUUGCGCGGCUUUACAACCGUUCGCGAUACGGGCGGCGCUAGCAGGGCUUUGGCUGAGGCCAUUGCUGAAGGUCUCGUCCUAGGGCCCCGCCUCGUCCAAUGUGGCAAGGCACUCUCUCAGACCGGUGGUCACGCAGACUUUGGACCUUGCGGCAGUAGCUCAGGCUGCUGUGCGGGGCACUCACAAUCCCUGGGCCGCACUGCCGACGGUGUGCCGCAAGUGCUGAAGGCGACGCGGGAAGAGCUGAAGGGUGGCGCGGACUUUAUCAAGAUCAUGUGCGGCGGCGGCGUCGCGUCGCCCACGGACGCGAUAGAGUCCGUCCAGUUCACUGCGGAGGAGAUCCAGGCGAUCACGAGGACGUGCAAGCAGAUGGGUAACAAGCACACGACGGCGCAUGCGUAUACGGACGCAUCUGUACGUCAUGCGAUUGACAAUGGGGUUCAGGGCAUCGAGCAUGGGAAUCUCAUCAGCCGCGAGACAGCUCAACUGAUGGCGGAGAAGGGCAUAUUCCUGACACCUACCCUCUCGUGUUACGGGAUCAUGGUCCGUCCUCCUUUUGAGGACUUCCUAUCGCCAGACGGCAAGUUGAAGAACGCACAAGUCAUGUCGCGAGGCCUGGAUGCACUCAAGAUCGCAGAUGAGGUUGGGGUCACUAUUUGCUAUGGAUCCGACUUGCUCACAUCGAUGCAUGCUUUGCAAACUGAAGAGUUUACCGUCCGCAGCUCGGUCCUUCCUGCGGCGAAGGUCCUUCAGCACGCCACCACCAACGCAGCGACCAUGUUGGGAGAUCCCAAGCUAGGGCGAAUCACUGCAGGGAACUACGCCGACCUGCUGGUGUUGGAUGCAAACCCAUUGGAAGACGUGAGGGUUCUGGAUCGCCCAGAGAACCAUCUCUUCGCGGUGGUUCAGGGGGGACAUGUGGUGAGCAGUCGUGUGGACGGCUUGCCAGCCGAGUCAAUGGUAUAAGUUGUGGGCGCGUUUUCUGAGUCCGCUCAUCAUCAUCGCGCUGUAUACAAACAGCUAUGUUCGAUAGGUGAAACGUUGACGAGAAGGGGAAGCGCGAAGUAGACUUGUCAUGUAAAUAUGGCCGUUCUAGACAAAAAUCAUCUAAAAUGGGCGGGAAACUGCUUCCUGCCU